CUCUGCACAUGCAUCAUUUUGCACGGUGAAGCUCAAACAUUCAACAUAUUUUUGAGUGGAGGGGAACUUUAAAAUACAGGUAAAACACACUUGAAAUUUAAAACCUAAUUUUAAAAUGCCACCUAGCCAACAACAUCAGCUACAGUUGAAUGCGGCCGAUGCUAAAGUGAGUUACAUGACUAUUUCAACACAUUUAAAGUUAACACACAUUAAUCAGGAAAUACAAUCACAAAAACAGAAGGGUUUGUUAUGAUAGGGACUCCAACAAGUCAGAAAGUAAGGCACAGUCCAAUGGCAUCUGUUUUUAAAAUAUAACAAAGUGCCAAAACCUCUUAAGUCAUUCGUCCAUGUUUAACCUUGCUGAGUGAAUUAAAAGAGGUUUUAACGGCAACUAUAAUAAACGAAUGACGCCAACGUUUCUGUUUCACUGCCGAACGAUGUCAUUAUGCUAAUAAAUACGCAUAUAAUAUCAACAAAUGUGACGAUAAAGUACCAUUGUGAGGGUUCAUAUCGUUAUCAACUAGUUUUGAUAAAAAUUUAAAUAUCUGGGAAGCAAACUGGGGCUGACUGCUCUGUCUGGCUAGCCUAUAACAACCAUGAAUAAACACGUCAAUUUGCCGGGUACCAGUUAGCAACUGCUAACGUUAAUCUGGCCACCGUUGAUUCAAACUGUGAAAUUGAGGUUAUAAAACACAUCCGUGUAGCUUUUCGAGUUACAACCUAACGUAAACCUCCAAGCAAGUUAACUGUCGAUAUAAACAUCAAAACUUUGACUAACUGACGUCAUCCACAGUAUACAGUAGCGAACCGUGCCCAUUUUCCUUUGUGGAGGAGACAAAAAAGGGAUCGGCACAAGGCCUCCACAAAGCCCAGGAGCCUCGGCCUCGACUGGAGGCGCCCGCCGACUCCUGGAGCGCUAGCGCCGGCUUACCUGCACCAGACAGGUCCCAGUACAAAGAAGACCUACAAUGGAUCCCAGCGCUUUCUGCGGCAUCUUUCUGGGGUUUCGGCCGUUAACACGACGGGAAUCAUAUAGCAGUCGGUCGAAUCGACGGCUACUUGAGCUGUUCUUCCAAGAAGCAUGGUCAGGAUGAAGUUAAUCCACUCAGCCUGAGCAGGGGCCACAGCUCCACCUGAGGAAAACAUGGGCCUGCUGUCCAUUCUUCGAAGGUUGAAGCAGUCUCCAGAACAGGAGGUGCGCUUACUGUUGCUCGGUUUGGACAAUGCUGGCAAGACCACUCUGCUGAAACAGCUGGCAGCCGAAGAUAUCAGCCACAUCACACCGACACAAGGCUUCAAUAUAAAAAGCGUUCAGUCGUCCGGCUUCAAGUUGAAUGUUUGGGAUAUCGGAGGUCAACGCAAGAUCCGCCCUUACUGGAGGAAUUACUUUGAGAACACAGAUGUGCUGAUCUACGUGAUUGACAGCUCAGACAGGAAACGGUUGGAAGAGACGAGUCUGGAGCUGUCUGAGUUGCUGGACGAGGAAAAGCUUGCUGCCGUGCCUCUGCUAAUCUUUGCCAACAAGCAGGACCUGAUGACAGCCACGCCAGCCUCUGAGCUGGCAGAGAGCCUCAAUCUGCACACUAUCCGAGAUCGCAUGUGGCAGGUCCAGGCCUGCUCAGCACUCACUGCUGAGGGAGUGCAGGAUGGCAUGAACUGGGUGUGCAGGAAUAUAACAUUUCGGAAGAAGAAUUGACGAACCAUCCCUGAAGAACUGCAGUUGCACUUUAAAUUUGACCCAUUCGGUCAUUUUAUGUCCAGGAUAAGGAGAUGACUGAUUGUGUUGUUAUUUUUUAUGAAACUAUCACUUCUUUUACUCUGUCUUCACUGUGUUUUUGUGUACUUACCAGCAUAAAAAACAUUGUAUGAAUAGAAACAAUAAAACAGAUUUCACGUUAUCUUCUUAACCCUGUAUCUUAAAAUGUAUAUAUUGUAAAUAUUAGGCUGUCUUAUCUGCUGUUUCUGCUUGUAACAUUUUGUAAUGUGCGACUUUAAAUGUAAGGGUAUGAGGACAAUGACUGA